CUCUCUCCUCCUCCUCAUCAUCAUCCCCAUCCCGAGCGCUCGCGGCAGCUGCGGAUGCGCGAGACGGGACGGUGCCGCGCUCCCUGUGCUUUGGUCCCCAUCGCUCUCUCUCUCUCUCUCUCCCGUCACAGACGCCGAGGAAACACAACAAUGGCGGGAUUUAGCGCAUAGCAGCCUCUUUUUGUCUCGUUAAAGUUGCAACCGUCGCGUUUGGGCUUUAUUCCUGGCGAAAAUGGCGACGGGGGCAGGCUGGCAGCCUCCGUACAGCACCUCGACUAGCAGCACCAAAUACACCCCGUCCACGGCGUCCGGCAUGUUUUACGACGGCGGCUUGACGCUGGAAUACACGCAAGACCUGCAUUUAAAGAUGAGCAAGAAGAUAGCGCAGCUCACCAAGGUAAUUUAUGCCCUCAACACCAAGAAUGACGAACACGAAGAAGAAAUUGAGUCUCUGAAAGAAGCCCAUGAGGACGAGGUUCAACACAUUGUGACAGAAACCAGAGACAAGAUCAUGCAGUACAAAAGCAAGAUGGCGGACGAGGCGGACCUGAGGCGGCGACUGGCCAGUCUGGAAGAAUCUGUCGAACUCCACGAACACAUGAAGAGACAGGCUUUAGCAGAGUUUGAGAUGUACAGACAGAGGAUGGAGGACUCACAGCUCUGCACUGAGGCCCAGCACACACAGAGAGUGGUUUCUAUGAGCAGAGAGGUGGAGGAGAUGCGUCGGGAUUUUGAGGAGAAGCUGCGGGCGUUCAGCCAGUCUCAGGCCCAGUUUGAGGCGGAAAAGCGACGAGCGCUGGAGGAGCUGAGAGGCACCCACCGCCAGGAGGUGGAGGAACUCCUCAACAACCAGCAGAACCAGAGUGCCAGCUCCACUGAAGACCAGGAGAAACUGGCUGAGCUCCAUAGACAAGAGGUGGAGGCAUUAAUGGAAAGAGUGGAGGAGCUAACAAAGGACAAGGUCCGUCUGGUGGAGGAGUAUGAGGCCAAGCUGGGCAAGGCUCAGGAGUAUUAUGAGCGGGAGCUGGAGGCCAUGAGGAGAACACACCAGCUCACCACAGAGAACCUGCUGGCCUGGAAAAGAACAGAGGUCGAGCUUCGGAAAGAGUUCCAGGCUCAGGAAGCAGCACUGCAGCGCUCCCUGUCCAAGCUGAGGAGUGAGCUACAGAAAGCUCAGGAAGAGGCCAGAGAGAACAGAGACAAGACCAACAGACUGCAGACAUCACUAGCCAACGCUGAGGGAACCAUCAAGAACCUGCACAAGCAGCUAGAAGAAGCCAUCCAGGAUGGAGAGAUCUGGGUGAUGCAGCUGAAGGACACAGAGUAUGAGCUGGAGGGGAGCAGGGAAAGAGUCCAACAGCAGGCAACUGAAAUCCUCCACAAAGCCAGUCAGAUUGGCUCUCUACAGGCCACUCAGAUGGCCCAUGAGGCCACCAUCAGGAACCUGGACCAGGAGCAGAGUCGGCUGAAGGAGAAGAUUAGCAGGCUGGACGAGGAAAGGCAGGCUCUGCUCAACCAGAGCCAAGCAGCCAACGAACAGCACAAACAGCAGGUCCUCAAACUAGAACAGUCUCUGCGUGAGGAGCACCAGGGCUAUGAGAAGGAGCUCUCCAGAGUCCGGGCACACUAUGAGGAGGAGACGCUGCGCUUCAGGGAGGCGCAGGUCAGAGCACUGGAGGAGAUGGAGGAGAAACACCGAACCAUGAGGGAGGAAGCCCAGCAGGAGAAGGAGGAUGAAAAGAAACUCCUUGUAGCGAAAAUCAGUCAGGAGUUUGAAAUUAAGCGUUUGUCAUUGGAAGAGCAGAGAGACAGGCUCCAGCAGCAGCUGGACAACUUAAAGGAGGAACUCUCAGCCAAACUCAACAUGGCCAAUCAGGAGGUGUCCCACCUUCAAGAACUGGUGAGGGAGGGGGAGCAAAACCUGGGUUCAGCUCAGACACAGAUCACCUGCCUGAAGGAGACGCAGGAGAAACUCAGGAUAGAGCUAGAUGCAACUAGAGCCCGAGUCCGAGAGACCAGCAACCUGCUAACUGACCUACAGGAAGAGAUUGAGACACAGAAACAGCAGCAUGACGCCCGGGUGAUGUCCAUCAGAACCGAGGAGAAACAGAAGAUGGACAAGAUGGCAGACGACUUGGAGCAGAAAUGGAGAGACGCACUGCGGGAAGAAGUGCGUUUGUUGAAGGAGGAGCUGAACGAGGAGUACGAAGCAGAUAAACAGGCAGCGCUGACUCAGCUCGCCCAGCAAAAAGAGCUGGAGAUGAUGGCAGCGAGAGAAGGCUGGCAGAGGAAGGUGGAGGACCUGCUGGAGCAGAUUUCUCUACUGAAACAGUCCCUGGAGCUGCAGUUGUCUCAGUCGCAGUCAGCUCUCCAACAGCUACAGUCUCAGUUCAACCAGGAAAGAGAGCUGCUUAGCCAGCAGCUGAAAGAGAUGCAGAGGGAGCAUCAGAGGAGAGAGCAUCGCCUGCAGGAGGCUCACUGCUGUGCCCUCAGCACCAUGGAGGAGGCCAGGCAGCACCAAAUAAGGGCCCUGGAGGAGCGUCUCAAGCAAGAGCAGAGGGAGGAGGUUCAUGCUCUGAAGGAGGCCCACAGGAGAACCUUAGACAUCCUGAGACAGCAGUCCGACCAGGAGCUGCAGACGCUGCGAUUUGAAUUGGAGGACGAAGGGAAAGCCAAGCUUGCGUCUCUUCGUGCUGAGCUGAACCACCUGCACGCCACAGCUAUCGAGCACCUAAAGCAGAUCCACAUUAAAGACAACAGUGUAGUGAAACGGGAGCUAGAGAAAGCUAUGGAGCAGAGCCACCAGCAGGAACAAGAGCUCCUGGUUCGCAUCUCAGACCUGCAGUCAGACUUGUGUUCCCGUGGCAGUCGCAUCACUGAUCUGGACCACGAGAUUCACUCUCUGAACGAGACCAUUGACACUCUGACCAGAGAGCUGGAGCUGAAGGGUAAAGAGGUGCUGCGGGUCCGCAGUGAAGCUAACCAUCAAAUAAGGGCCCAUGAGCAAGACCUCACAAAGAGACACGAGAGAGAGCUGUGUGAAUUAAGUGCAGUUCAUCACAGGGAAACACAGAUCAUGUUGGCUGACUUCAACAAGGCCCAGGAGGUCCUCAAAGACAAGAUCUCUGCUCUGCAAAUACUGUUGGAGGGGACGGAGGAGAAGUUAAGGAAUAGAGAAAGUCGACCAGAAGACCUGCAUCUUAUAGCAGAGCUAAGAGAGAUGGUCACAGAAAGAGAAGCGUUGGUCAAAAAGCUGGUGGAUGACAAAAAGUUCUACCAGUUGGAGCUGGUAAACAGAGAGACUGGCUUCAACAAGGUUUUCAAUUCCAGUGCCAAUGUGGGCGUCAUAAACCCUCUCAUCAAGUUAAAAACAAACAGCCAAUCAGAUCAGCGCUUCGCCUGCUUUCCUAGCCAGUCAGCUCUCCGAUUCCACAGCCCUCCCGCCAUGAGUCAUGAUGGAGAGGAAGAGGAGGGACGGGAGGUGGAGGAGGUAGGACCAGGAGGCCGCUUUGCACCUCCUCACUCCCCACUCCAGAGGUCCCUCCCCCGACUUAGGAAGGCCCUGCCACUGUUCAGCUCUCUUCCUCCUUCUCCUCUUCCUCAGCAUCCCCCUCUUCCUAAGCAUCCUCCUCCUCUUCCUCCUUCUCCUCAUCCUUCACAUCAUGCCAUGCCAAGCCUUGCUCUUCCUCAUGCUCCUCAUCCUCAGGGACCCCUGGUGCAGCAUCAGGGCCUACAAAGCUUUAGGAGCCGUCCUGAGGCCAAUGCUGCGACACCGCCAGAGCCGAAGGAGAUGGAGGCGGAGAAAAGAAAAGAAUAUGUCGUAACAGAAGAAGAGUUGUUCGCCCACUACUUCUCUUUCUGACUGGCAAAAAAUCCUAAUUCAGAGUCAUGGGACAGAGAGCUAAAGUUGGACAGUGAUCAAGCUGCAUGUCUCUUUCGUUGGGGCAGCAUUUAUUUUAAACUCGGGUAAACAGUAUGUGCCGUAGUGGGACACCAGUGUAGUUUAAACCAUAGGGCUUCCGGGAACGGUGAUCAUUUUGCACAACGUGGUCUGUGAGUGCAUCGUUAUGUGCAGCUACAAGCAGCAUAAAUGAUGCGUAGGAGAGGAAUGUCAUGCCUUUUCUGCUACUUUUACUGUAAAGAGUUUUCCUUCAAUUAGACAUUAUGUAUAAUUCCCUGCACAGGGUGUGUCCCCACAGAAAUUAGAAUAUUUAAGGGUUAGCAGGGAAACUGCAGCUACUGUAUUUGGGGAGAUUUGAGAUCCAAGUUGAGGUGUGGAGGGGGAGUAUUAGGUUAGUGAUUGUAAAGGCUAUAGAGGUUGAAGUCUGUACACAAAGUAAACUAAUGAGAAGGAAAGAUGCGUGAAUCAGUAAGAUAUGCUGUGGUAUUAAAGAGGGUUCAGAUAGAUUUCAGGUUGGGUGAUAAUUUUGUGGUUUGAAUCAUCUUUUUUCAUAGCAUUACCAUGAUUUUUUUCGCUUCUGGGCACAUUUGCUUCAGUAGGGAGACACAGGUGUGUGUAGCAGGGGUGGCCACAGGCCAACUGCCUGCACCUUCAGCUUUUGGUUGGCUGAAUGCACCUGAUCCAGUCCAUGAGCUGUGGUUGUGGCAGGAAUAGCUGGCGAAGGCAGGGCUGGGACUUUUUCCUUGUCGCUGAGAACCACAAUAAGACCCAAUUUGUAUCACAACCGAAUCUUACUACCAGUAGCAAUAGUUGGUAACUCUGCAGUGUGACUAACAUAAAUGUCACAUCUUUGAAUAAUUUUCCACAUGUCUGCAUGGGGCUCACUGUGUCACAAACUGAUUUUUUUCUUCUUUGUUCAUCAGCAUGUGUCUUAUCUGUAAUUUGACUAGAAGUGCUUUCAAUGUUGAGCCAGAACAAAAGGAUUUUUGCCUUGAUACUCGCCUUUACUCUUUCUUGUGUGGGCUCAUGGGGAGCGUGAAUCUGUGUCAGCCAGAUGUACUGUAUGUGUGGAUAACGGAUGGACCUAGCCAUUGACGCUGGUUGUGCACUUCUUAUUUAUUGCUUGGCUUCUACAGUAUGAUGAAUCACUUGAUACCACAAAAACGACACCAGCAAAAUAAGGCUAACUUUAGCUUGCUGUCCCAGUGCUUCGACUGUGUACAUACAGAAAAUGGUUGAGAGUCAUUUCAUAUCUCUGAGCUAGCUGAGGGGUGCUUGCUUCAUCAUUCCACAUGCCUCAACAGCCUCAGAAGAGGAAACAUCAAGCUAAGCUGAAUCAAGCGCCCCUCAUAUUUUUAUUAUUCUAGUAUUUAUAAUGUAACAAGCUACUGUUUUUCUACGGUCUGUUUGUGAAGCCUGUGAAUUAGAGACAUAGAGCAGAGUUCAGUCAGCGAUUUAAAAGAUACAGUAAUUGACUCCUAGAAUUUUUUUUAAUGCCAAGGAGGGUUAUUUUAAACGUUUAAUUUCAGACACUCUAGGGGCUUGUGUCGGUGACUGAACUCUUUUGCUGUGUCUCUGCCCGUGGAGCAGACCCUAGAGCAUGUGAAAACAGAAACACUAUCAUAAUGCUGCUGUCACUCACUUGAAAUACUCAUAUCUCCAGUUUUUUGGUGUACUGUCUGUUUUUUAACUUGAAUUCAAUGUUUACAUGGUUCUCGUGCAGAGUAAUUUCCAUGGCCUGACGGUCCAUGAAGUCCAUUCAGUAAUCUGUACAGUUUCCAAACUGCAUGGUCGUCAUUAGCCUGGAAGAGGCUCUUUCUUACUUCUUUCAAUGUGCAUCUAGAGACACAAGGAAUGAGAGUUUAUUUCCUCUCAUGCUGGCAUCGACAACACAACGUUCAGUUACAUUACUUCAAUUGAUGCUAGUCUUCCAUAAAAGAAAUGCCUGAACUUAAAGAAGUGUUUGUACUGUACUUUGGAUCAUACAAUAUUAUAUACACACACAAAUACAUAAACACUUCAGCUACACAAUAAACACAAUCAACCUCCCUGUUGGGCCUUUAUUAUAGUAAAUUAUAUUAGAACCAUAGAUAUUUGAUACAAACACAUUUUACUGUACUACAUACACAUCCUCACAAUAUAUUUUUGCAUUUACAGCCAGUCGAAAUGAAAUUUGUUGUAUUUCACAAAAUGGUUCCAUAUUUUAGAAAUCACCUUUUCUUUUUAGAAUUUAUUGCUUGAAAAUCAUAAGAGGAUGGAUUUUACAUACAACCUUCGGGAAAGUUAACGCAAACACUAUAUAAUUUUAGUUUCCAGUCAGUCAGUCUUUCCCCUUUAAAGCGAUUCAGCUAAUGAGUGAAUGAGGAUAAUGAAACAUAAUUUUUUAAUUUACCUAAUUUCUUAAUACAUUUAAAAGUUUAUUUUAUAAAAAUAGCUUGUUUGGAUUCCUACAUGUGAUGAAAAAUGUCAAUCCUGCAUAUAAACCUUGCUGAGACAGUGUUUUAUUUGUUUUGUGUUGUAAUGACAUCAAAAUAAAAACCUUGAGUCAGAAAAAGACACUGUAUGACAUACAGCAAAUGUAACAUCAGGACAUCUGUCAUAAGUGCUUAUGCAGCAUCAGUAUCUAUUUAUUUGCACAUUAUGACCUCUAAACUGAAAAGUCCUGGCAAAAAAGGACCAGUAAAAACAGUUUCCUCCAUGGGAAUGCAAGCCCAACACUGGUUCAUUCCCCCCGUGCACUGUGAAAAUUACUCAUAACUGUGUCAAAUACUGUUUUGUGUUUGCCUACAGUAUGUACUGCAAGCAUUCAUACCAUCCCCAUUACAUCUUACUGUACUUCCUCAAAUAUUUUACGUUACCAAUCACCAGGCAAGCAAAGUCCAACACAACACGCUAAAAGUGGGACUAAUAGUUUAGCAUGAGUAAUUCCAUGCAGUGGUUUUUAUAAUAAAUUUUACUUUAUAAUAUGUGAUCUCUCGUGCUAAAUAAUGUGCCUGCUUAAAAUGGACAACAACAGAAGCAAAUGUAAUGUUCACAGUGUUGGAUCGCCAAAGUAAAGGUUCAUUAAGUACGGUACAGUAGGUUUCCUGAAGCCUCCAAUCAUAUCAUGCGACCAUCGACAAAGGGAGUUUUUGAGUUUUCUGUAAAUGUUAAAAUCUGAGCACUUUAAUGAUUUCCUUUUUAUGUUUGUCAUGUGGGUUUCUGUACUAUUUAGUGGUUUAUUUAUGUAUUUUUGUUCUGCAGCUCAUCAGGUGCUGGUCACAUAAUUUUAUUAUCACAUGACCUUUGUCUGCCAUUACCCCAAGGUUUACUUCAAUAAAAAUGGGCAUUUAUGAAUAUUAUCAUAUUAAUAUCAUCCCAUUUUUACAGAAACAUCAGCUAGCCAUCAAAACAUAGGGACUGCAAGUUAUUAAUACAACUGUUUGUCUGUUUAUUUUCUAUGUGACAAUAUAUACUGUACUGACCAGGGCUAAGUUCAUUUCACUUUCAGCUCAGCUUUUUCCAAAAUAAAAAAAAAACUUAAGAAUUGUUGCAUCUAUACAUUUUUAGGCCUAAGCUGAAAUAUGUAUGUUUCCGUUUGUUAUCUGGCCUGAGAUGAAAGUGAUUUGAUGUCACCCUGUGACUUAUUAUUUAAUGAUGUUUGUCUUGUCAUUUUUGAAGUACAAGUAUAAAACUAUUAUAAUCACAAGAAUAUUUAUUUAUAUUUAUAUAAUUUUUGUUGUAUGUUAUGGAACAGUAAAAUGAUUGUGAGAUAA